AUGGGAACGGAAUCCCCAGACGUCUGGCCACGUACUGCCGAAAUCUCUUUUGGUAAUACUGAAGUGACCAGACAUGAAUUCUACGAAUGUUUCGAGCAUGAUAGUAAUGAAUCUGACAGCAUCUUUGAUGCUGUUUCUCGCCUACCAGGGCGAGCCUUUUGCGUUUUCCGAAUUGGUUUCAAGACCGUCAAAGACCAUAUUGAAUUCUUGAAUAAAUUUAGUGCAAAAGAAUCUGUAGUCAUUAGUGGCAAGGAGGUCCGAAUAAGAGUUAGAGAUAGGUCAGUUAACCUCGUACGCGUUAGAAUUCAACAUUUCAAAUUCGAUGAUGACCUUAGCCUGCUAAACAAGAGAUUGCGCGAGUUUGGAGUGAUUUCUCGGGUGUUUUGGGACACGUAUCAGGAUAGGUCGCUUCCAAGGUGGAACGGGAUAAAGACUGGAGUUGUCAAUGUGGAUAUGGAGAUCCACAAGAGCAUCCCAUCUUUUAUCACCUUUGGAAGCUACAAGGAUCCACUAAUGGUGUCUUAUGCAGGACAAAUGCACACAUGCCGCAUGUGUGAUUCUCCCACCCACGUCUUAGCUAAUUGCCCCAAGCAACCCCGUAGUUUAACCACCCCCAGCACCAUUUUAAAAGGCCCCAUGGGAACACGUAGCUAUAGUAGUGUACUAACAAAUCGUGGGACCGUUAAAAUUGUUAGGAAGCCCCAGGAGACAGGGCCGACUGGUGGCGGGAAAAUGCCAAUUGCUCCAACUGUUGACGCUGAUUCAUUUCCCGAGUUAGCCCAGAGGUCAACGAUGUCGCCUGUUGUCGUUUUUGAUAAAGCUCCGGAGGAUCCAAUUUCGAAACCCGAUGAAGCUGAGUCUCUUUCUGACACCGAUUCUGACGCUGAAGACACUAGCUGUGUGGAUUCGUCUGUGGUGUCUUAUUCGGUAAGGAAAAAGAAAAUGAAAGAGACGAGCCCACCUUUACGGGGGGGACGAUGUGCCACCCGAUACAAUUGCACCUGGAGUACCAUCUAUUCCAUCCAUGAUAGAUCAGAUGGAUAA